GAGUUGUUUGGAUAAGAACCGAAGCUGCUGUAAAGUCUGUCAUUCCUUCAGGUAGAACUGAGGAGAAGAGUUAGGGAAAGAAAUGUCUACAGUCUUUUCUUGUGACAUGUUUUAGGACUCAAAGUGAUUAAAGAAAAAAAACGAGAAGAAGUGAUCUACAUUCCAGCCUUUAGACUUGAGGAGGAACUGAAUCAGGAACAUCUACAGCUUUGAUUUAAAUGGCUUCCACAAUCAGAGAGAAACUGCAGGAGCAACUGUGUGAGUACAUCUUAAACACUCUCAAAUACACUGAAACUGUGAAGGAGUUUUGGGUCCGAGAACCAAAAUGGACCUUACAGAGAGAGAGAGAGCUCGAUAAGAUGACAAAAAUCAAAGAUCAGGCCGAUCAAAUCACUCUGAAGUUUCAACAUGUUCAGAAGGCUAAGAACAAGGCCAAAGCUUUGGGUGACUUCAUGCACAGUGGCCUCAUUCAGUUUACAGCAACUUCCGGGAAGCAAAAGCUAGAGAAGGAGCUUGGAGAAGUUCUGAAGAACACUUUAGAAGGACUGGAGAAACUCCAACACUUCCUGGAUGCAGUGGAGAAGCUAGCCGUCACCUCACUGUUCGUCUUCAUGAGCGACAGCUUCAUGCCAGAGGGAGUGAGCUCCAUGUCCGUACGUUCAGUGAUCUCUGCAGCCAGAAUCGUGUCUCCGCUCCUCAUCCACUUCAAGAGAGACGCAGAAGCUUUCUUCCUGCUGAGCCUCAGCAAUGUGGAUGUUCUGGCCUUCCAGCUGGAUAGAUACAUCCGCAUCACUCAGCAGAUCUGUGAGAAGAUGGAGAAAAAAUCCAAGUGCAUAACAGGCUCUGGAGGUGUUCAUGAAUGGAAAAAUGGGAAAUCUUCACUGAAAUUUAACUUGAACAUGAGUGAGGAGUCUGUGCAGGAACUGUAUGACCAUUUACUCCAGCUAACCGAAAUCAGGAUGGACGAGUCCUUCAGGCUGACGUUCCUAUUUGCUACAAACUCACAGCACUUCAUUAAUUUAUUCAGUGAGCGCCGCCCGAGAAUGCUUCAGUUCCUGUCUGAUUUAGAGGAAGCUGCAGUUCAGCUGGACAAGAUGAAGAAGGGCUCCAACAUCUCCACUGUGGCUGGAAGUUCAGUUGGUAUUGCAGGAGGUGUUUUGUCCAUCGUAGGUUUAGCUCUUGCUCCUGUCACUGCAGGUGUAUCUUUGGCCCUCACACUCACAGGUGCUGGUCUCGGAGUCACCAGUGGUGUUAAUGGCAUUGUGACAGGCAUCACUGAAAUCGCAGUCAACAGUCAUCAAAGGAAAAAUGCCAAGAAGCUAUUCAUCAGAUUUAUGGAAGACAUACAGAAAAUCCUAGAUUGUAUGGAAGAAGUGGCCAGCAGUGAUGGUGCUGUAGAAGGAGCUAAUGAUGUUAACAUGGUAGUUGAAUUUAGGAAACUGGCCUCACGUGCCGGAGCUGUAGGAAAAGGUAUUGAUGCUAUUGUGGAUGGAGUUUCAGCUGUAAAAGCUCUCAGAAGUGAGGAGGUGAUUGCAAAGGCAGUUAAUCUGGGGCUUCAGGAAGCUAAAGCAGGUCAGACCAUCCCAAAACUGGCUGCAGAUCUUCCUGACAUUGGGCAGGUGGCUAAAGGAACUCCUCUGGCCCUUUCACAGUCAGCCAGGGCAGGGUUCAUCGGCUUAAAUGCCCUCUUUAUCGGUGUAGAUGUUUUGUUCAUCUGUAAAAGUAGUAUUAGUCUGGCCAAAGGGAGCAAAAAUGAAGUGGCUCAGCUCAUUCGCUCCAGAUCAGUUCUGUGGCGCUCAGAGGUGGAGGCCUGGGAGAAGAUCCAUUACCAUCUGUGUAAAGGAAUCUCAGGGUUUUACAAGAAUCGGGAAAUUCUAGAGCAGCAUUUUCACAUUUAAAGAACAAAUUUGAGCAAAACACUGACCUGGCAGUGAGCGUGAUUACAUUCUUUAAGCAAUAAGCACUUCAUUCUAAAACCUUAAAGGUUUGGGGUAAAAUGCUAAUGCUGUUAAUAGUGAUCAAAUAGACUGAAGACUUUCACAUACUGUACUGCAGUUGAGUUCUUUUCUUUAUAGAAGUUUAACUUCAUCUUUCACACAUUGAAAUUGCAGCUCAGAAUGCUUUACAGUGUAAUUAAAAAACAUCAAAAGAUAGAAUAGCAAAACAAAAUAAAAUAGUAUGUGUACAACAUGUGUAAAAAACAAGCAAAAAAAAAAAAAAUACAACCAAAUAAACAGUAUUCAGAAGCUGUAGGUUGGAGAGGUUUUUUUCUUCAAGAUCAUGUUGUGCAAAGUUAACAUGAAGAUUAAUUUUCUGUUAAAAUGAAAUUCAUGCUACUUGUGCUUCAAUGCACUGAACUGCACUGGGUCUGACUCAUUAUCCGUUUAAUUUGAGAUUUUCUACUCAUAUAGUGGGCUCAUUUAUAUUUUUAAAUAUAUAUUUAUAAAGCUUUUUUUUUACCCUCUGUGACUAUAAAUAAAAAUGAUAAUUAAAAACCUGAGCAAUGUCUAAUCAUUGUAAAUGCAUUGUAUUUUUUAAAUUUGUGUCUUCAUCAUAAUCGUCUUUCAUUUCUGUAAAAGAGUAAAGCAGGUAACACUGGAGAUCAAAAUAAAAUGAA